AUGUACCCAGAAACAUCUCAAGGAUCUGGAUUUCCUGCUUUUGGAAAUUCAGCGGCCAGACCGUUCUUAUGCUAUGGUGCAACUGAAAUCGGAGGACCAGAAAGUCAAGAACUCAAAAAAUCGGCAAUUAAAAAUUGUGCGAAAACUUGUGGAUUUUGCUGCCUGACGCCAGAAUUCGAGUGUAAAAAUUCAUUGUUCCCCCGUAUCAACUGUGACCUCCUGACACCUGAUCACUGUCUCUCUCCAAUUUUCCACGACUACAUUGCUCAGGAUUGUCCGAAUUACUGUGGAUUCUGUGGACAAGGUGCAACUACACGUAUGCCAACUGUAAUAGAAGAUCCAUUGAACCCUUGUUGGAAUCCGGAUACUUCUGCUUCUUGUGCCACGUGGAAGGAAAAGGGAUACUGUACAAGUGAAUUGUAUACAAAAGAGCAAAAGAAACAAUACUGCGCAACGACUUGUAGAAUUUGUUGA